AUGGAUUUCAAGGUAAUUGGAUUUAAUUAUCCAUUGUUGGUGGGUCUUCAAGACGUGCUCAAUGUAUCAUUAGAUCACGAGGUUGAAAAAUCAGUAAAUACACCUUCAAAGAAGUAUGUAACGGAUGCAAAAGCGAUGGCGGCAGCACCCGCUAAUAUCAAGGAGUACCUAGACUUGUAUGUGUUUGUACUUGAUAUGCCUGGAAUGAAAUCAGAGGAAUUCAAAGUUGAAGUGGAAGAUAACAACGUGCUUUUAGUGACGGGAAUGAGACGCAGGGAAGAUGAUAAAGAGAAAGAGGUUAAAUACAUGAGGACGGAAAGAAGAAUUGGGAAAUUGGAGAGGAAAUUCGUAUUCCCUGAGAAUUCAAACAUUGAUGCAGUUUUAGAUGUUUGUCUAGACGGCGUUCUGACUAUUAGUGUCAAUAAAUUUCCUCCGCAUGAACCUAAGAAGCCUAGGACUAUUGAGGUUAAAGUUGGCUAG